AUGGUCGCAAGCGCCAAGGCAAUCAAAGCGCUAGGCAAAUUCGCGUCUUGCGAUAUUGGAGAUGCUCUCGUGAACCUCGGCCUUCGCCAUGGUGGUUAUCUCUCUGGCCUAAAGAUGUACAGCCCAGGCUCAAAUGGCACAGUAGCCAAGAUCUGCGGACCGGCAUACACCGUGCGAAUGGUCCACGCAUCCGACAAAACCUCGCCAAACCCCCCGCACCACUUCGUCGACGGCAUUCCAAAGGGGAGUGUGGUGUUUAUCUCCCAGCCAAAGGGACUCAUCAGCGCAUGCUGGGGCGGUCUCAUGAGCACGCGCGCAAAGAAGCUCGGCGCAGCGGGUGUUGUGAUUGAUGGUCGGUUCCGGGAUGUUGCUGAGCAUCGCGAAAUGAACUUUGGUCUGUUUGCGCGUGGGUUGAGUAUUCUGGGCUCGAAUACUUUUACUCGAUCUUCGGAGCUGGAUGUGCCCGUUCAGUAUGAGAAUGUUGAGGUUGAUGAGACGGUUACUAUCACGCCUGGUGACUACAUCAUUGGCGAUCAGGAUGGUGUGGUGGCUGUUCCUGUUGGGUAUAUCGAGGAGUGUGUGAGGCUUUGUCAGGAGCGAUUUGAGAUUGAUGAGGAGACGAAGAAGUGUCUUGAUGCUGGGGAGGAGAUGGGUGCUACUAUUAAGAAGCUGCGGAAGUAG